CCGAACCUUCUCCACAACCUCUCCUUGUUCACUCUGUUUUUGUUAAUAUCGGUGUUUCUUUCCCCUUUCAAAGAAUCUUUAUUUUUCUUCAAGAUAUGGACAAGAUCAAUACUGAUGACUUGCUGGUGAAGAUAUUAUCAUUUCUUCCAACAAAAGUUGCUGUGACCACUAGCAUUUUGUCUAAACGAUGGAAGUUUCUUUGGAUGCGAGUGCCAAAACUUGAGUAUGAUGACAGUGAAACUAAACGUCUCCGGAGGUUGCGAAGUUUUAUCAAGAGAAAUCUGCCACUACACAGCUUUCCGGUCUUGGAAAGCUUGCGUCUCAAGUUUACUACUUUACCGUUUCAACCGGAAGAUAUCGAACAGUGGGUUGAAGUUGCAGUUUCUCUCUGUGUGCGGGAGCUUAGCAUUGAGUAUUUUUCUCAUUACAAAGCUGCUACAUUGCCAGAUUGCUUGUACACCUGCAAAUCGCUCGAGACCCUGAAACUUGAUGAUGAAGUUUUCGUGGUUGUUCCUAAUAAGGUUUGUCUUCCAUCUCUGAAAAACUUGCAACUAGGAGGAGUGAGAUACUGCUUAGAUGAAGAUGUUCAACUACUCGAUGUUUCUCACACGGUUUGUUUUCCUUCGUUGAAAUCUUUGCACCUUAAAGAAGUAAUCUUCUUCGAUAAAAGAUCUCUUCGAUUGCUUCUUGCCAAUUGCCCUGAUCUUGAAGAAUUGGUCUUAAAACUAGAUGAAUAUGAUAAUAUGGGACUGGAAGCUGUCCCCAUCAUUUUACAAUCUCUGAAGAGUUUAUCUAUAUCUUUAGAUCAUAUUGAGGAUUUUCCUCCCUACGUGGUUGAAAUUGUCGCUCCUUCUUUGAAAUACAUCAAACUUGUUGAUCACUGCUGCAACAAUAGCUUCUUGAUUAAGAAUAUGCCAAAGCUUGAAGAGGCAUACGUCUAUGCUAAUAUCUUUGAAUGCGAGAAAUUUCUCGGAUCUUUCACAUCCGUUAAGCGUCUAAACUUGUGCUUAAUGCUCCAACCCACCGAGGCUAGGAAUGUUGAUGCAAUUUGCUUCAAUCAACUUGAAAGUCUUAAGAUAUGUGUUUGUAAACCAUAUUGGUCGGUUUUACUUGUCCGGUUGCUCAAAGGAUCUCCUAAACUAAAAGCUCUUGAGCUCUACUCCCACACUUUCCCAUUAUGUUUUAAUUCUCCACUGAUUUGCUGGGAUCAAGUGACACCCGUGCCUGAGUGUUUGCUGACGAGUCUCGAGACUUUCAAGUGGACAGACUUACCACAAAGACAAGAAGCGAAAGAUAUGAUUGCGUAUAUCACCAAAAAUUCUCGUCGCUUAAAGUCUGAACCGUUCCCCGGGACAUGGUCUCCCGGUUCUAUGACCCAUGCCCGUAUUAUUGGAAAUAAUGUUUUCUUAAUAUAAUAAUGAUCUAUGAAAAACUGCACGUCGUUUUCGUGUGUCAUUUAAAACAACAAACAGUUUUGGUCCUGAGAGACGAAACGGUAAAACUUUUAAAACGAUAAGAUCGUUAGUUGUUAGGUCAGAAGAACACAUCACCUUCGUCUCCCACCUCACUUUCUUCUCCGACCAAUCACUGUUUCUGAUAUUUAUGUAUUUCCCUUUCAUCACCAUAAGACUUUUUUCUCCCAAUUUAACCGACAUUUAAAACACUUGUUAUUUAACAGAUAACAAAGAUAUUUUUUUCCUUAAAACAGAGAACAUUCAUUAAACUAUUAUAUAAGAUCAGCUCAAACUGGGUCCAUAUCUCAAUCCUCGGACACGCGCUGCGUUCCCAUUAGAUCGAAAAGCAAAAGCUGUGAUCUUCUUUGUGGUGGGUUCGUCCAAGUUUAAUCUUGGCCAUAUAUAAAAAUUUAUCCUUUAUAAAUCUUUUUUCGUUUUGUUUAAGACGUUGACAAGAGGAUUGAUGUUGUACACUACGAGUCUAGGACGAGUCAAGUUCUACCAGAUUUUGAUUUCUUCUUUCGGCUUUUUUCUGUUCC